CCGCUGCCGCCGCCCGCCGGGCGCAUCCCAGCGGAGUCCGUCGGAACUCGGGGCGGCGGCGUUCGCCGCCGGCCAUGGCCGUGCCCGCCGCGCUGCUCAGCCCCCACCACCUCCUCUCCUUCUGCUUCCCCGCCGCCGGCGGGCUCCUGGGCUAUGCCGACCUGGAGAAGGGCUACGAGGGCGGCGGCGGCGACGCGGGGGACUUUAGAGAAGCCACCCGGGACCUGCUCAGCUUCAUCGACUCGGCUUCCAGCAACAUCAAGCUGGCGCUAGACCGGCCGGUGAAGUCCCGGCGGAAGGUGAACCAUAGGAAGUACCUGCAGAAGCAGAUCAAGCGCUGCACCGGCAUCAUCGCCGCCGCCCCGCCGCCGCCCGCCGCCUGCCCGCCCUCCGCCUGCCCCGCCCGGCCCCCGCCGCGCCGGGAGCCCGCGCAGGCGGCCGGCAGCAGCCUCCAGAGCAAGAGCCUGGCCGCCCUCUUCGGCUCCCUGCAGCGGGGCCGGGGCGCGGCGGGCGGCGCCGAGGCGAAGGCGGGCGGCGGCGGCGCGGGCGGCGGGGAGAAGGCGGCGGGCGGCCCGCGGAAGGUGCCGCUGCGGGACCGCAACCUGCCGCCCUCCUUCUUCACGGAGCCGGCGCUGCCCGGCCCCGCCGCCCGCGGGCCGCCCGCCAAGGAGCCGGAGAAGGGCGGCGGGGGCGCGGAGGCCACCGAGUUCUUCGAGCUGCUGUGCCCCGAGUACGGCGCGCUGCUGCCCGAGCACGCCGCCCCGACCGACGCCUUCGGCGGCCGCCUGCCCGCCGAGCUGGGGUUGGAGCACGGGCUGUACGAGCUGCCGCUGCCCGCCGGGCCGCACCCGCUGCUGGGCGGGCUGCUGUACCCCGAGCCGCCCUGGAGCCCGGCCGCGCCCUGCAGCCCGCCCAGGAAGGCUCCGGCCGAGCCGCUGCGCCCGCUCUACCCCGGCGGCCCCGAGCCCGUGCCCGGCGGGGGCGGGGGCGAGGAGCCCGGCGGGCACCUGCCCGCGGGGUUCGCCCCCUUCUUCCCCGAGUGCUCGCUGCCCCCGCCGCAGCCGCCCUACGACUACGGCGGCGGGUACCACCGCGGGGGCUACCCCGGGCUGUAG